UUUCAAACAUUUGCACAGCCCGUUACAACUGCUAUAUGUUAUACGGGCCUGUAAUCACGCCAAAAUUUAUUGUUAUCUUUGGGUGGGAUGUCUUUCACAUGCUCGAUAUCAUUGGUCAAUCAGCAUGCAGAAGCGAAAGAUGGCGAAAUGGCCUGCAGCCAUCACACAAUAUUUCGGCAUUCGUCCAAGGUUUAAAUCGAAGCUUAAAGACUUCGAUGCAUGGCCGGUAGAAAAGAAUUCCCAAGUUUACAUUUUGAUAACGGCGUUGGUUGACUCAUUGGAGUGUUUGUGUAACAUUUAAUCAUCUUUGUUAUAUUGUCAAUAUUGUUGAAGAUUUGUAUGUUGGACUGGAUUUAUUUCGACUUGGAAGCUUAUAAACGUAAUAUGGGCUUAAGUUUUGAUAGAGUUGCCGUCAUCGGUGCGGGUGUUAGUGGUCUGGCGGCAGCAAGGCAUCUUUUAGAUUAUGGCUUGGAUGUAACAAUCUAUGAGCGAUCCUCGAAACCAGGUGGUGUUUGGUGCGUCAGCCAAUCUAUCUCUUUCCCUUUGGCAGGCUGUAAGAAAAAGGUCAUGUUGACAAAAUGACCCAGGGCAUACGAUGAAAGAAAACCACUGGAAUCGAAAUACCCAUCCAUUUUGCCGUCCGUUGCGGGCCUCUAUCCGGACUCAGAUUCGGAUUCUCAGGGUGUCACGUCUCAAUCGUUACCCCUUCAGACUGAAAAACUCAUAUUGAAACACGCACCACCAGGCCCUGCAUACUUUGGCCUAACGACGAACAUUUCGACCAAACUUCAAGAAAUGAAGGGUCACCCAUGGAAAGAGGGUACCGGCGACUUUGUCAAUGUGAAGGUUGUUGGUGACUAUUUGAAGGACUAUGCUAGAAGAUUUCAUCUUGAACAGGCCUUGAGAUACAAUACCAAAAUCGAGGCUAUUGAGAAAGUAGGCAGUAAAUGGGUUGUGAAAUCAAAGCUGUUGAACAAAGCUGAUGGCGGGAACAUUGAGUUUGUUGAAAGAGAAGAGGUAAACCGUCUAAUUUUCGCCGAGAAGCCCCCCGAAUGCUCACCCGUGAUAGAUAUUUGAUAAAGUAGUCGUGGCGAGUGGGCAUUAUCAUGCCAGCAGAGUUCCCGACAUCAAAGGAUUGAAAGAUUGGAGAGAACAAUAUCCUGAAAGAGUUAUGCACUCGAAAGUUUACAGAAGACCCCAAGAAUUUGCAGGCCAGGUAAGCAAUCAUGCCUACUAACAAUGCAGUGUAUUGACUUGCCCCAGACCGUACUUCUCAUUGGUGGCGGCGUAUCUUCGACCGACAUUGCUAGGGAGAUGAAUGGAAUAGCUAAGAAGGUUUUUCAAUCCACUCGAGGAGGCCAAUUUGACCUUCCCCUCAGCUUUCUACCUCCAAGGACAGAAAGGAUUGGAGAAUGCGUGUCUUUUGAGUUUGAAGCAAGUGACAAAGGUCGAGGGAUCGCUCACUUAAAAGAUGGGGCAACGCUUGUUGGCAUCGAUAAAGUCAUAAUUUGCACAGGAUACCACAUUUCAUAUCCAUUUCUCCGUCGUUACCAUGAUGAUUUAACAUCUCCAGCCGAAGCUAACGAAACAGUUCUCGUUACUGAUGGAACACAAGUCCACAAUCUUCAUAAAGACAUAUUUUAUAUUCCCGAUCCAACACUUGCAUUCGUUGGCACAGCAUAUUAUGUGUCGACCUUUUCCCUGUUCGAAUUCCAGGCCAUUGCGGUCGCAGCCGUGUUCUCCGGAAGAGCAAAUUUACCACGCGAGGAAGAGAUGAGGGAAGAAUAUAGACUGAAAGUGAUAGAAAAGGGGUUCGGUAGAGCUUUUCACGCCCUUAAUGGACGAGAACCGGAGUAUGUUCGUGAAUUGGUAGAUUGGAUCAACAUCGAUGCUGCGGCGAGCGGAGGGCAAAAAGUAGAAGGUCAUUCUGAGGCAUGGUUGAAGGAAGACGAGAUCAAGAAGGAAAAACUUCUCGAGAGAUUUGAGAAGCAAAAACAAGAGGAGCUCGAGAAACAAAAACAAAGCUAUCGUACAUACAAUCUAAGGGGUCAAGGACCUCUUCCUACCUCCGAAUAUCGGCUAUUCGAUGGGAACGGGAGUAAGGGAAAAUUAGAGGAACAGGCUGUAGGUUAAGGUGGAAGUUGACUCCAAUGUCCUGUUGGCGUGUCAUGAAGAUUGUAGCCAAUAUAUAGAGGGAUAGCCCAUGUUGAAACAAGAACCGACAAGCGUGCUAUUACCCACUAAAUAGGGUGGUGAUAACGGUUGGAUUACUUAGAAUAAUAAUGUCUAUCCGAUAUGUACUCGUAUAUCGUCUGCUGUUGGCAAUUUCUAAUUACUCUUCAGCCAGACGGUUGUUUGAUGCACAUGUGUUGAUGUUGAAGAGCUACGAUGAU